GCUCGACAGCCCGUUUUUAACCCAAAGUCCAAAUAUCUCAAACUCAGACCCACACGCCACCGUUACCUCCAUCACAGGAUAAAACUGGACAUUUUUCCUCGCUGCCCCCAGCGCAACAUGCUGGAGUUUCAAAGAAGAGGCACACUGUAGCUCGUCAUCUCUUCUACAGCCGCCCCUAGUGGAAGUGGAGGUCUUAUUGCAUGUUGAUUUUUUAAAAAGCGACCAGUGUUCUCCACUCCGAUGUAGCCCCAGUAUGCGGUACAGUGAUAUGGAUACCAAGGAUACGAUUAUCUUCUAGCACGGCACACAAAUGGUGACCAACCUCCUCUCUCCUACUACACCAUUGUCGUAGUUGACCCGAGCUGUCCAGCCCCGAUCCUGCAGGGCUGGUGAAGUGAGCUAAGAUUUUCUAGGUCUAGCUUUUUAAAGAAUGCUAAAUACAUUUUGGGGCAUUUGUUUUUUUUAUCUUUAUACGAUAAAAAGGUCAAUUUCUCUUCUCUGGGUUUUGAAAGAAAGGACAGAGACCCAAGCCAGAAUGAGUAAAGAUGUCUUUUACUUACUACAGACUAGCGAAAACUAAUACCAGACACUUUUCCCCUACGAAGUCUCCUAGCCCCGUGAAGUUGACCUCCCACAAACAGCACUAACGAAUGCGUGUUGUGCAGGUGUUGCAGAAUGCCCAGAUGCUCCUGCUGAGGUGCUGAGGAUGGAAACCAUUCACAUCAAAGAGGAGGCCACGGAAUUGGAAUGUUCCAUCACGGCAGAAGGGGAAACCAAGCUCCCGUCUGCAGGUGUAGCAGAGAAUGGCCCAAGUCUGCAGGAGCAGAACACCCCUCCAGGUGGACCCAUCCCUGUGAAAGAGGAACCCCUUCACCCAGAGCUCGACAGCAUCGCCAACAGCAUCUCGGAACUAGGCUCGGUCCAGAUCAUCGAGGAUGGACCUGACUGGCAGCGCAGCCCCCUCGCUGCCAAGACCAUCCCGGCUGCAGGCAGGACUUUGUCCUUCCCCUGUCCGCACUGCGAGGUCUCCUUCACCGGGGAGCAGUACCUGCAGGGCCACGUGAAGAACAAGCACAGGGAGGAGUACCUGAAGGCCCUGCGCUCCUCUGCCAUGAAGAACGCGUCCUCGCAAGCGCGAGGGCCGCCGCCGCCGCCGCCUCCCCGAGCCCCCCUGGGCGCCCCCGCGGUGGCGGUCUCGCACCACUGCGGCGUGUGCUGGCAGAGCUUCGACCGGCUGGACAGCCUGAGGCGGCACGAGCGGGGCCACACGGUGUGGGCGGGGCCGGGGGCGGAGUCAAGGGCGGGGCCAGGAGUAAGACCAGGGGCGGGGCCAGGAGCUGGGCAAGGGGCGGGGCCGGGGGAAACGGCAGGACUGGGGGCGGGGCCGCACAGCUGCGGCCAGUGCGGGAAAUCGUUCCGGGACUCGGAGAAGCUGGAGACGCACCGGCGGACCCACUCCGGGGAGACGCCGUACCGCUGCGCGGACUGCGGCAAGGGCUUCAGCCAGCUGGGGAACCUGAAGAUCCACGGGCGCAUCCACACGGGCGAGCGGCCCUACCGCUGCGCGCAGUGCCCCAAGAGCUUCCGCUACCUGGAGUCGCUGAAGCAGCACGGCAGGAGCCACAGCGGGGAGACGCCCUUCGCCUGCGGCCAGUGCGGCCGCAGCUUCAGCCUGCUGGGCAACCUGAAGAAGCACCAGCGCAUCCACACGGGCGAGAGCCCCUACAGCUGCGCCCAGUGCGGCCGCAGCUUCAACCAGGUGCAGAACCUGAAGAAGCACCAGCAGGUGCACUCGGGGCAGAGCCCGUUCGCCUGCCCGCACUGCGGCAAGAGCUUCAACCAGUCGGGCAACCUGAAGGCCCACCUGCGCACCCACACGGGGGAGGCGCCCUACGUCUGCGGGGAGUGCGGCCGCAGCUUCAGCCAGUCGGGCAACCUGAAGACGCACCAGCGCACGCACACGGGCGAGGCGCCCUACGUCUGCGCCCACUGCGGGAGGGGCUUCAAGGACUCGGGGAAGCUGAAGCGCCACCAGCUGGUCCACACGGGGGAGACGCCCUACCCCUGCCCCGACUGCGGGAAGGGCUUCAGCCAGAUGGGCAACCUGAAGACGCACCAGCGCACCCACAAGGGCGACGGCUGAUGGCGGCCAGGCCGGUGGCUGUGGAAAAGCAGCGACUUGCGAGACAAGGGGGUUGCUGGUUCAAAUCCUCAGGCUGUGCCACGGAUUCACUCUCUCACAGCGAGCAGGCAUUGAGCCCCCUCCCGCGCUCCAUCCUGAGGACGCUUCAAACCAAGGUCCUGCUCUCUGUGCCAAAUCACCCUCCCCUGGUCUCUGCAAGUCACUUCAGAUAAAGAUUUUCAAUAAGCCAUUAUUCCCUGUCAGAAGGACUUCAAGAACAUCUAUAGAUGAAUUUACAGAUGGGAGAUGAUUGUAUGAGACUGACAAUUCCUUUAUAAACUGAUGCUCCACAAGAUCAGAUAUCUGUAUAUUGUUCUCAGCGUAUGACUCUUAUCCUGCGUUAUUUCAAAUGCAUGUGUGAAUGUGGAGACUUUCCUAGCUUGGGAAGGCCUCUCUUCCUGUAGAAGCCCCCUUUCAGGUGAACAGAUCCUUUUUACAUACAAUGUGCUACUUAGUUAUAUACCAAGACAUGCUCUAACUUUAAGAUCACAUUUGUCACUUUGCAUUUCCAUAGCUCUAACACUAAUGUGAACAAGGCUUGAAAAAAAACUAGAUCUACAGUCACCCACAGCCCAUUGCUCAGAUGGCACACAGUCCUGUUUAUUGGGUCAUAUAACCAGAGAAUGGGCUGGUCCAUCACCUGUCAUGCUUAUCAAAGACUGCAUCCAUCCAGCAGCUGGUUUCCACCACGGGGCAGAGAUAUGGGUUUAAACAUGUCGUUCAGUGAGAGGACGUACCAGCCGGGGAAGCCGUCCAGCCUGUGUUACACAGAGGGCUUUUGGAGAGACUAGCCAUUGAGGUCAAACCAGGGCUAACCGCAUAGACUCUUGUGCGCAAUUCCACAGCUUUGAAAGACUGAAAUUGCACAGCUGCAGGAUGAUUCCCCCUGCUGCAUCCAGGCACAGCUGGAAAAUACACUACAGCAUUUAAAGUAAAUGGAUUCAAGUAGCAGAAAUCACACAAAGUGUGCUAUUGCCUGGUUGGCUAGUUGAGAGAGAGCUUUGGUUUGCUCAAGUUGGAGUCGUGAGCUGACACCCAUGUUAAUUUAUCCACAGUUCUACACUACAGUUCCUGAACCAUUUCCAGAAACUGGAAAAGAAAACAGGAACACCUGACUCUCACCGUCCUAAAAAAGACUCACCCUGCCGGUCCUGGGUGAACAGCCAGUUCAAUUAACACUGCGCAUAGAAAAAAGGACUGUCACACCCAGAUUCAAAUGUAAUCACAGUAGAACAGAGUUGGGCAUUAAAACAGACACAUGACAACCCUCCUUAGAUCUAUAGAAAGUGCUCUUGUGGCUGCAGGUAGCGUUACAGAGCUUUUGGAGAGGCCAGUCACUGAAGGUCAAACCAGGGUUGACUUCAUCAAUUCACAGCACAAUUCCACAGCUGUAGAGGACAAGUCACUUCCAGCAGCUGUGUGGUCAGAUUUCCACCACUACACUUACACUACAGCAUAAUAGCAUAAUCACAGCAAUAAGAGUUACAGACUCAGCAUAGCUGGACCCCAGUGGACUGCAGAUAAAGUUACAGGGGUUUGAACCCAGACUGCUCUCCUUGUAGCACAAAGUACCAAAUUAGUAAUACCAUAUCAGUUCAGAUUCAGUUAGACUCUUCAUUUCACUUGUAAUCCAUCAAUAAAGAGAGAUUUGUGGGUGAAGGUAUUUUAUAUUACAAAGCCUCACUAUUUAAAUAGAAAAAUUGGAAAGGAAUAUUUGAAGUGGUUGCUUUAAAGCCCAUUAUUGUGGAUGUGUGAGCUGCUGUGUUUCCCUUUUCAAUAUGUUUAAUACUGUGUUUUUAAAUCACCAAAUAAAACAUUGCUGUUGUA